GACGGUGCGGGGCGGCCGGCGAUGAAAUUCCCGGGCUCCGUCCUCGUGUCGCUCGUCCUCUUUGUGGCCGAGACGGUGGCGGCGCUAUGCCUGAGCGGGGCGUACCGCGCGGCGGGGGACCGCAUGUGGCAGUGGCUGACGCUGCUCUUCGCCCUCCUGCCCUGCGCGCUGGUGCAGCUCAGCCUGGUCUUCAUCCACCGCGACGUGAGCCGCGACCGCCCGCUGGUGCUGCUGCUGCACCUCCUGCAGCUCGGGCCCCUCGUCAGGUGUGUGGAAGUCUUUUACAUUUACUUCCAUGCUGGCAGAGUUGAAGAGCCGUAUGUCAGCAUCACAAAGAAGAGGCAGAUGCCCAAGGAUGGGUACUCAGAAGAAAUUGAAAAAGAAGUGGGACAGGCUGAAGGCAAGCUGUGUACGCACAGGUCUGCAUUCAGCAGGGCAUCUGUGAUCCAGGCAUUCCUCGGCUCAGCACCCCAGCUCACGCUCCAGCUCUAUAUCUGUGUCCUGCAGCAGGAGAUCACAGCUGCCAGAAGUAUUUUUAUGGUCCUUUCUCUCCUGUCAAUUGUAUAUGGUGCCUUACGCUGCAACAUCCUGGCUAUUAAGAUUAAGUAUGAUGAUUAUGAUGUCAGCGUGAAACCAGCUGCCUACCUCUGCAUAUUCAUGUGGAGAAGCUUUGAGAUUGCUAUACGGGUUACGGUGUUGGUCCUUUUCAGUUCAGUCCUUCAAAUCUGGAUACUUCCUGUUGUGCUAGUGAAUUUCUUUGGUUUUUUCUUCUACCCAUGGAUUCUCUUCUGGCAAAGCAAGUCCCCAUUUCCUGAGAACAUAGAGAAGGCAUUGAGCAGGGUCGGCACUACCAUUGUCUUGUGCCUUCUCACCUUCCUGUAUGCUGGCAUUAACAUGUUCUGCUGGUCAGCAGUGCAGGUGAAGCUCAAUGAUCCUGACUUAAUUAACAAAUCCCAAAAUUGGUACCGACUGACUGUGUAUUACAUGCUGCGAUUCAUCGAGAAUGCAUUCCUCCUGCUGAUGUGGUACAUCUAUAAAACUGAUAUCUACCUGUAUGUAUGUGCCCCAUUGUUGGUCUUGCAGCUCCUGAUAGGUUACUGCAUGGCUAUCCUCUUCAUGUUGGUCUUCUACCAGUUCUGCCACCCUUGCAAAAAGCUGUUCUCAUCCAGUAUUUCUGAAGGUCUGCUGUCCUGUUUCAAGUUCCUCUGCUUUAUUUGCAAGCCUCCCAAAUCCAGCAUACUUAUAGACAAGGCAGAGGUGAAAUCUCCUGAAAAUUCCGAUGAAGCACAGAGCAGUAGCAAGACAAUAUAUUCUCAAAAGGGGAAUCCUCAUCAAAGCAUUUCUUCCAAUGCCUAGUACACCUGGGAGCAAGUAUGUGCCUUUGGAAGAUGGCAGAUCACCUGCUGGGAACAUUGUGUAUCUUGGACAUUGUGUCUUGUGGAUGGGUUUACUUUCUUACAGGUGUAGUACUGCAUGACAACUGACAAGCUUACCUUUGUGGAAAAUGUAGUGUAUGAGUAUGUGUAUCUCUGUGUGUUUGUGUGCUGAGAGCAGUCUUUCUUUGUAGAAUUCUAUUUCAGGGUUUUCUUGCACAUAGGUUUAUUAUCACAUGCUUACUUUGACACCAUAGAAGACAUCCUUCAAGAACUGGCCUGAUGCUCAUCUCACUCAGGAAAUCUGAGGAUGGAAGGAAAGGCAUUUUAUUUCAGAUAGAAUGUUAUUAUGGCAUGCAACCCUAGCAUGGAAACAGAGCAUAGACCUUGACUAUAUACUGACUGUAGCUGUGGUCUGCUUUGAUCCAAUUGCAGACUUUUUACACUCUAAUCAAGUGUAAUAAGAUAAUACUUCUCUCUGAGGUACAAGAGUUGGACUUCUACAAUGCAGUGUAGUCUGGGUUGCCAAGAAACAGCCAAUUAGCCAGCACUAAUACUGAAAUGUGACUUGUUACCGAGAACUGACAGAGGCGUUACUGGCUUUGCGCUGUUUCACCCUUCACAUUUGCUGCUUGUUAGCAAGGGAGUUAAAUUUAACACAUUAAUUGGGAUUUUCUAGAAUAGCUAAUUUUUCUGACAUCAUUUGUCUAAUACUUCGUUUGUGAUCAGCUAGUAUUAGGAUGGUGUUCACUUUAUAUAACUUUAAAUAUCUGAAAGCUGGGCAGAUAGUGUGAGCUAGUCAUGUGGGUGCUAUCCAGAGCACAUCUCCAGGGAAUGAUUCAAUCCAUCUUAUAAACAUCCUCUUAAGGCAAGUGAUAUGAAUCAUUCUCUGGAGACCUAUUAUUCAGUGUUAACCAGAUGCCUUGACAAUUAGUUUUGACUUCCAUCUCUUUUUCAGAUGGCUAAAGUUAAGAGAUGAGCGCUACACUGAUUGUCAGGGAGUUGGUAGUACACCAAGCAGGCAACUCGGUGACUUAUGUGGUGAUAGGAGACACUGAGUGCUCCUUUUUUAGGCUAUAUGUUAUGGUUAGUUUAAUAUCAGUAGUCCUAAACCCUCUGACUUCUUUACUUCAGAAGUAUCACAGGCUUGAAAUCCGGAAGAGGAAAUGAAAGUUACUGACUUUUUCUUCUAUGCACUAUAUCACCAUGAAUAAAAGUGUUCUGUUAUUUUUCAAGUUGCUCAGAAAGCUUUAGCAGAUGGAUACCCAAGAGUUUAUUGGAAAUACCCAAAACGAAUUUUAUUUUCAAAAAUUGAGUGAAACCUUUUUGCACUCUGUUUGCUUAGCGCCUUGCAUUUCUUUUGAAUAUUACCCAUUAUGGCUGCUAGUGAAAACAAGUAAUCUAUGACCAAAAGCAUCAACUAGUGUCCUAAGCUUAGCCUUCAUCCUGUUGUCAUGGAGGAUGUGAAGUUCUUCAGUUGGGAUGACAUCAGCAUCAUUGUACUAGAUGUGUCUCAAGUUCAGGUCUGAGGUCAUUUACCAUGAAAUAUGUCACAUGCAGUGCUGCAAAGAGCUAAGAUGUUUUGAUUCCUUACUGCAUGGUAAAUGAAUGUCUUCAUGCUUCAGUUUUGUAAUGGAGUUGUGUUUCUUAUUUUGCUUAAUAUGUGUCUCUGUGUGGUAUGUGUAUGUAGUUCUCAUUAAAUUACUGGGGGCUGGCAAUGGGAAUUUUUGGCCUGAGCUUGCCAUGGGAAUGUACCUCA